CGAACUUGUUGUGUGUGUGUGUGUGUGUGUGUGUGUGUCGGAAUGGUUUUACGGACAGUUGUUUGUUUUGUUUGCCUCCACACUUCCCCCGACCCACCAGCCCGGCCGUACAUGCGCAUGUAGACGCGUUUGUGUGUGUGUGUGUGUGUGUGUGUGUGGAACAAAAAAAGAAGAAAUCAAAAAAAAAAUCCUUCCACAUUGUGUCCCCGUCUGUGUGUGUGUGUUGGUGCAUUAUCCUUUCUUCUGGCGCACAGUGUUGCCAUCCUUUCGACCACCCAAGUGACCAUCCACCUUUCUCACUCACCCUCCAGGCAGGUAGAGACGUUAGUGUGUGUGUGUGUGUGUGUGAAACAACAACAAAGAAAAAAAAAACAAACAAAACAGAAACAAAAGCAACGGACAAAAUGAAACAAUCGAAACAACGACACGUGUGCAAUAGUGUGUGAUUACCGCGUGCGAAAACGAUGCUGCCGACAGACAUCCGACCAACGGACAACGCCACCGCUGCCGCCAUCCUCACCAUCCUCAUUACCAUCGCCACCGUCAGCUCCUCGAUCAACCUCGUGCAGCAGUUGGUGCGUGUGUAAACCGUCUCGCUGUGCGUGCGUGUGUGUGUGUGUGUGUGUGCGCGAGCGCGCGCGCGCGCGUUCGUGGCUGUUUGUGUGUGUGCGUGUGCGAGUGUGUGUGCUGUGUAAAAGCUGCUCUAGCGCGUGGUGGUAUUGUGUGUGUGUGUGCGCGCUCUGUGCUCUGUAGUGUGUGCGGUGUCGGUUCGGUUCACCACCCACCGCCACACGCCGUUCGGUCAGACAACACCAACAGCUGUCACUAGCCAUUUUCGAUCCAAUUUCGUUAGCUAAAAUGCAUCUAUCCUAAUACAUAGCUCCUCGCCACCGCUCUGUGCACGUGCAGUGAGGCUGUGUGAGUGUGUGUGCGUGCGCGCGUGUCUGUUCUUCUAUUUUGCAGCCCGCAAACCAGUGUGUGUGUGUGCUGGUGUGUGCUAGAAAGAAAAAAAAAAGUGCGUCUGCACCAGUGAAAGACGGGCAACGACAACGGCGGGCGGUGCUACCAGACGACACCCCAACCCGAACCACCCAUCCCACCCACACACAGAGAGGCGGGUCGAGAGCACAGGCGUGUGUGGUGUGGUGCUGGUGCUGUAAUCUAUUGUUUCAGUGCGUGUGUGUGUCAUUCGGUGUGAAAGUGGAGUGAAAAAGAUAAAAAAAAGAAUCCUUAAAGAAUCCCUAAAGAAAAAAGGGUCACACGUGCGUGUGUGUGUGCCAGUGGUGUAUUGUUUGUUGCGUGUGUGUGUGUGGGCUCGUGGUGCGGGGGCCGCCCAUACCAACAUCCGGCCGCAUGCCCGGAGCGUUCCGUGGCGCGUGCUUCCUUUCGUUUUCCGGUUCCGGUCGCUGAACGGUGCUAAAGUGUGCAAACCGCGUGUGCGUUAGUGUGCCUGUGUGUGUGCGCGCGCGCCCGCCAGUGUGUGUGUGUGUGUCCGUACGCGGCUACCUAUGUGUGUGCAGUCGUUGGACUGCUGCCGCCACCGCUGCCGCCACUGCCGCCGCCUGGCGGCACCGCUCUACACACCGUCGGCCACCAGCAGCAGCAGCGCCACCAUCUGGCGACAGGAGCAGCCACAGUGGCACGGCGGUGGUACGGUGCGCCAAUAGUGCGCUCCCUCUCCUCCACACCCGUGCGCCCGACACCACAGCCGACAGCGCCCUAGAAUGCAGUGCCGCCGGGGUUGAAACGAGCACGCGAUGGAGAUACAUGUGAAGCAGUGCAAGCAGCGGAACAAACGCCGGGAGCGGGCCCAACGUAUGAUCGCCGAGCGGGACAAGGAUGCGGCCGCGGACGGCACCGGCAACCGCGAUCCGGACGACAGUGCGGACGACGACAGCGGGCCGGUCAGCCGGGAGAAGCCGCACCGGCCGCCCGUCCGGCGGAAGCGCAAGGAGAAGGAACCGUCGCCCGUGCUCGAGGAGGACAUCAUCGACGGGUUCGCGAUACUGGCGUUCAAGACGUACGAGGAUAUUGAGUUUGCGAUAAAGGUCGCCAACAAGCGCAAUGAGAAGCGACUGUCGUCGAUCGUGGAACUGACAACUGUGAUGGUGCCGGAGGAGAAGCCGCCGAAGAUAAUCGACACCACGCCGUCGAAGCUGGCGGAGAAGUCGCUCGGCGGCACCGGCGUGGUGCCGCUGGUGACGAACAAGAACAACAACAGCAUUAACAAUAGUGAGAACCAUGCCGGUGCGAACGCUGCCAGCCCCGGUGGUGGUACGGCCCCCGGCACACCCGGGCCGGGUGGAGCAGGAGGAGCCGUUGGAGCAGCAGGUGCCGGAGCAGCAACGGCAGUAGUAAGCAACGUCAAUGGCGGCGACUGGUCGCCGGUCAACAACACCCACCAUCAGCUGCACCAUCUGCAGCAGCAGCAGCAGCAGCAGCAUCACGGUGUGGUGGGACCACCGGGCAGCGUGAACGAGCGCACACCGAACGGCGAAGGGCUGACGCACCACGGCACCGGUCCGGCCGGUGGUGGCAGCGGCAGCGUACCGGCGGUAGCAUCGGCGACAGGUGCCCGCGGCUCCGGCAGUGAUAUGGCACUGAUCGCGGCCAACGGUGGUGCGCCCGGUGGGACCAAUCAUCACAAUCACCUUCACAACAGCCACGGGCACCACAACAGCCACGGGCUGCACAACCACAACCACCUGCAUCCUCACCACAACCACAGCAGCCGGAAUCACAACCAGCAGCAGCAGCAUUCGCCGCAGCAGCAGCAGCAGCAGCAACCGUUCGCGUCGGUUCACCACCAUGCGCAUCACAACCAUCAUGUGGUGAGCAAUGGGAGCGUUAGCGGACCGACAGCGGCGACGGCACUGCCCGGUGGUGGUGGUGCUGGUGGUGAUGGAGCAGUCGGCAACGCCGCCAAUAGUAACAGUGGCGCCCCGAACGGUGUCAACGGUGAUCCCGGCCCGGUAAGCGCCGGCAACGGGCCGAACAGUGUGGCCGGUAGCGCCAACAAUCGGAGUAGCAGUAGCAGUAGUAACAGUAGUAGCAACAGCAGUAGUAGCGGUAACGGUAGCAACAGCAGCAGCAGCAGCGUUCGGGCUGCCAACAGCAACAGCAGCAAUCGAAACAGUGGCAGCAGCAAUAGUGUACCGGCUAGUGGUAGUAGCAUCAAUAUGAACAGUAGCAGUAAGAACCAUAGCAGCAGCAGUGGCGGCAGCAGCAGCAGCAGUAACCUCUGUUCUCUAAAUAAUCUCACCAUUGCCGCCAUCAUUGCGAAUGGGCCGCCGCGCCGGAACGUGAACGGCAGUGCGGCGGCGGCAGCGGCAACGACAGUGACGGCGAACGGUGCGCCCGGUCCGACCGGCACGAACGGUAUCAGUGGUAGCAGGGGCAGCAGUGGCAGCAGUGCCGCCAGCAAUACUAGUGGCACGCCGAACAGCAACAGUACCGCCAAUACGCAUCAUCCAAACCACCAUCAACUACAUCAUCCGCAUCAUCAUCACCAGCAGCAGCAGCAGCAACAGCAGCAGCAGCAAAGUCACCAUCUUCAUCAUCAACAGCAGCAACAGCAGUCGCCUCAUCUUCAACAUCAUCCCCACCAUCAACAGCACCAUCAACAUAACCAUCAUUUAUCAGCGGUACAUAAUCUUUCCCUAUCUUCGAUCAUCGAUCCGGGCACGUCCGACGAUAGUGGGCGCGCCUCGGAGCGACUGACGACGUCCUCGGUGGCCCAGCGGGAUCCGGACAGUUCGCGAGACCGGCUCAGCGACGCGAGCAGUCGCUGCAGCUCCGGCAAAGGGUAUAUCUGUGAUAGCGAAGGAGACGAUGAUAAGGGUUCCGAUGGUGGUGGUUCGGUAGUGUUCGCCACGACCCCCCAGACGCAACAGACGGUGGCCCCGCGGAAGCUUGACUUUCCCCCGACCGGCCUACCGCCCAGCGUGGAGCCGCUCGGGGGCGGUGCCAGCCCGAUCCGGGUGCCGGCCGCCGGCACCGGUCCGGCCCCAUCACCGGCACCGGCCGCACUGCCACCGCCAAGCUUACCGCCGCCUUACCCAGCGACACCACUGCAGGUAUCGAAUGGACCAUUGGGUACGCAUUUGACGCCGCUCGGUGGCGGCCACCAGGCGGCAGCGUCGCCGCAACAGCAACCGCCCCAUCCCGGAUCGCAACAGCAGCCACCACAGCCGUCCGCCUCGCCGCAGACGGCCGGCAUAAGCAAUAAGCCGCUGUUGCCGACCGCCUCCGCCAAGAUACCGGCCGCCGGCGGCGUCCUGCUGCUCAGCACGACGGCGGCCGCCACCACCGUAACGACAGCAAUAUCAACCACCUCCCAGAAGCAGCAGCAGCAGCAGCCGGGGCAGGGGCCGCCGCUAGUUUCCAGUGCGCCCCAGUCGCCUGCCCAGUCGCUGGCGUCGGUAGCUUCGCCGGCGGGCGGCAGCCUACAGGCCCCGUCGACACCGAACCAAUCUCAGCCGCCGCUAUCACCCCAGCAGCAGCAGCAGCAGUCACAGCAGCAGCAACAGGGACCGCUGCCCGCAACGUCGACGGCCGCCAGCGGUGGACCGCUCAAGUCAGUAUUUCUCGGCGUGGCGGCGGCAGGCCCGAACGGCGGGGGCACUGGCGGCAGUAGUAACGCAUCGUCAGCCGCCUCCGCGGCGGCCAGCAACUUCACGAGCGGUGGUCCCGGUGGUCCGGUCGCUCCCAGCAGCCACCACCUCAGCGGGAGCCUGGCGGGUGUGGUCGGCCCGAGCAGUGCCAGCAGCAAUGGCAGUGCUGCGCCCUCCUCCCUGCCCCUCUCCGUGCCGCACACGCCGCCCGCAGCAACGCCGGCGACGGCGGCCGGUCAAACGGGGGCCGUGCAUCCGCCGCUCGACAGCAGCAGCAGCACCACCGUCGCGACCUCCUCCUCUUCGUCAUCCACCUCCUCCUCUGCACUGUCGUCCUCGUCCGCACCGUCGGCGGCCGCCGUGCCCACGUCCGGUCACACGUCCUCCGUGGCGGCGGCGGCGGCGGCUGCUUCCACCGGCGGCCUACGCACCAACAGCCCCGCCGUACCGUCGCUGCCCGGUGCGCUGCCCGGCGGUCCGGCCUCGAUGCUCAACGGCAACCACGCGGCGGCCAUCGUGGCGGCGGCCUCCGCAGCCGCCCAUCCCUCGAUGAUGAUGGCGAACGGGCUCGGCAGCCUGCCGCCACCGUACCGGGGGUACCCGGGCUACCCGCUCUACUCGCCGUACGGCAGCUUCCAGCACAAUCCCUACCUGCCACCGUCGGUCACCUCGCCGAACCUGUCGCCCCGGUUGCAUCCGGCCCUCGCCCCGAUGCCCCACACGCUGAUGGGGCUCGGGCUGAUGGACGCCCGGUUGCAGCCGCCGCCGCUGGGGGCUGGGCCGCCGCCACCACCGCCCGGCGCUAGCAACGGGACGCCGGGAGGCGUGCCGCUCGGCCGGCCCGGUCCCGACCGCGAUCCGUCGCCACUGAUUGCGGCCGCCCAGCAGCAGGCCGCUGCAGCCGCCGCAGCCGCCGCCGCAGCCGCCCAGCAGAAGGUGCGCCCGAUCACGCCGAACACCAACUCGAGCUCGAGCAACGGCUCGUCCUCCUCUGCCUCCUCGUCGGCGGCCGCCAGCAGCAGCAGCACGUCUUCCGUCACGCUCGUCUCCAGCACAGCGCCGUCGGGCGGUGGGCCGCUGCUGCUGCACCCGGCGGCGUCCUCCGCUCCGGCCGACCCGUCACUUCCGCCGCAUUCCUCCCAGCAGCCGCCGUCGCACCGGGACCUCGUCGGCCACCCGGGGCCGCCCCAUCCGGGACUGCAUCUCGCCGGCGGCCCGCCGGGCAGUGGGAGUGGCCCAGGGGCAGUGCCGCCACCGCCGCCCCCGCACCACCAUCUGCUAGGGCACCCGGGCGCUCAUCCGGGUGCGGCGGCGGCGGUAGGUGGUGUCGGCGGGCCGGGCAUCUCGCCCCUGCUCGUCGGCCACCAUCACCAUCCACUCGUGGUCGGUGGACCGCCGCCUCCGCCGCCUCCGCCCGGGCUCAUGCCGCCCGGUGGGCCACCGUCGGUUUCCCAUCUGCAUGGCGGCGGGGGUAGCAGUAGUAGCAGCGGCGGCGGCCUCGGUGGAAACAGUAUUAGUGGCCAUCCGGCAGCAGCCGCAGCAGCAGCAGCACCACCGCCACCGACUUCUUCCAGCAGCAAUAACAACGGCAACGGUGGCAGCAACAGCAGCAGCAGUAGCAGUAGCAGCAGUAGUAGUAGCGGCAACCUCAUCGUCUCUUCGCGUCCUCACUCACCGCGCGGUCACAGCCCGAACAGGGAACGGGAUAGCUAUAGUAGUAACGUAAGUAGUUUAUCGCGCUCUACGCCCGGCUCGACGAUACCAGCGUACGGUGGUGUCGGGCCGGCGACGAGCGGCCCCUCGCCCGUGCUGCCACCGUUCGGUGCCAGCCCGCACUCGGCCGCCGCCCUGGGCGUCGUGCCGUCGGUAGCCAUCUCGGUCGUCUCUUCUAGUCUCACGUAUCCUAAAACCACGCUCGCGAUCGGAGGCAGCAUCAUGUCUUGCGCCUCCACCUCCUCCACGGCCGCCACCUCGUCUGCCCCGUCCAUCGGUGGGAGCGGGGUGCCGCCGGGAUGGCCGCCGGGUGCGCCCCUCGGGCAGCCCACCGUCGUGUCGAUCGCGUCCCACUCGAGCUCGCCGGCGGCCGGCACGCCCGGCCCCGGUCUGCACAACAGCUCGUCCUCGUCUUCCUCUUCCUCCACGGUCGGGUCGCACCACCACCACCACCACCCGCACCAUCAUCUGCAGCAGCAGCAGCAGCAGCACCAUCAUCACACGCGACCCACACCUCCACCGGCGAGCGAGCGGGGCGGCUCCAGCGCGUCCGGCUCGAUCGCCGUCGUCUCCUCGCCGUCCCCGUUUCCGGCGGCGCCACUGUUCGCCACCCCGAUUCCCCCGCCGACCAGCGUCUCGCUGUCCAGUCCGGCCGGUGCGGGGCUGUCGGUCGCUAGCGCAGCCGGCGGAGGCUCUUCGGGAGCGGCCGGUGCCGGUUCGCAGCCUCCGUCGCAGCCGCCGACAGCGCCCCAUCCUCAUCCCUUCUCGGCUGAAUCUCUCUUCUCCACCAAGGUGUCCGACCAGGCCGACAUGUUACGGCGCGAGCUGGACAACCGGUUUCUGGACCGCAGCGGGCUGACCGCGGGACCGCCCGGGCCGCCCUACCUGCGCCAGGAGCUGCACCAUCACCAGCACCAGCACACGCACCUGCACCAGCACCAGCACCAGCCGAUGCUGCCGGGGGCGGCCGGCGGUGCGCCCACCCUCUUUCCGCCGCCCCUCUUCAAGGACGUGCCUAAAAUCGGUGCGGUCGAUUCGCCCUUCUACCGGACCGGGAUCGGGAUGCCGGCGUACCCGGGCUACCCGCCCGGUCUGCUGCAUCCCGGCCUGAGCGGGCCGACCCAGUUUGUGCCACCGAGCCACCUGCAAUCGUUCGUGCCGAAGCAACAGACGCCACCGGUCGAUCCGAACAAAAAGAAAACGGGCAAGUGGAACGCGAUGCACGUGCGUAUCGCGUGGGAAAUCUACCAUCACCAGGCGAAGCAGAACCCGGACAAGGCGGCCUCGAUCAAGACGGCGUCGGAGAUGCUGCGGCCCCCGUCCCACAUGUACCCGCCGUCGGCGGCGGCGGCAGCCGCAGCAGCCGGCCUGGUCCGCCCGCACGAUCUGCCCUCGUCCACCUUCCCACCAGCAGGCCUUCCCGGGCGGCCGGGUCCGUACGAGUCGACCCCGCUGCCGCCCAGCUUCAUGAGCUCCCCGGCUAGUCAUAUAGGUGUCUCACCGUUCGGCCGGUACGCCUCGCCGUACGGCGGCUCACCGUUCAGCGGCCUGUCGCCCUUCACCCGGGACCUCCCGAUGGGUUCGCAGAUGCCGGGCUCGCUGCACGACCCGUGGCGCAGUGCACUGCCGCGCAGCGUGAGCAGCUUUCCGCCCGGGCCGCAACCGGCGGGCGGCGGUGCGUGGCCCCCGAUCAAGCAGGACCCGGGCGGCCUGGCCGCGGAAACGGCCCGCCGGGAGGCGGAGGAGCGCGAGCGGCAGCGGGAGCGCGAGGAGCGGGAGCGGGAGCGCCAGCGCCGGGAGCGGGAGGAGCGCGAGAAGCAGCGGGAGCGCGAGCGCGAGGAAAAGCUGCGCAAGGAGCAGCAGGAGCGCGAGCGGGAGCGGGAGCGCGAGCGCGAGCGGGAGCGCAAGGAGAAGGAGCGGCGCGACAUGGAGCGGCGCGAGAUGGAGCGGGAGCGGAUGCUGCACCAGCAGCAGCGCGAGUCGAAGGCGGCCGCGGCGGCGGCGGCGGCGGCAGCGGCGGCAGCCGCCGCCGUCUCCUCCAUCAACCGGGACCGGUCGCCGCUGCGCAACGGCACCGAGCUGGACAUCCGGAUCAAGGAGGAGCCGCGCAAGGAGGAGGAGCUGCUGCUGCGGAGCCACGCGGCGGCGGCGGCGGCGGCUGCCGCCGCCAGCGGCGACCCCCGCUACCACCCGUCGAUGAUGCCGCACCCGUACAUGGCCGGGCGGCACCCGGCCGCCCACAUGCUGCCCGGGGGCCACCUGUCCCGCUCGAUGCUGCCGCCGUCGAUCGGGCUGCCGGGGCACUUCCCGCCGCACGGCUCGUGGGGCCCCGACCCGUUCCGGGACUACGCGCAGCUGCACCACCCGCUCCGCUACAACCCGCUGAUGGACGCGUACCGGGCGGAGGAGGCGAAGGCGUCCCUGCUGUACGCCGCCCAGUCGGCGGUGCACUUCCGCGGCAAGGAGCCGAGCCCGGUACCGCCGCCCCAGCAGCAGCAGCAGCAGCAGGGACAGCAGGGACAGCAGGGACAGCAGGGACAGCAGCAGCAACAGCAAGGGCCGCCGCCGCCGCACCACCGGCUGCCACCGGGUGCAGCACCACCGGGCAGCGGUGGUGGGCCGCCCGGUGUCGGGCCGCCGCCGCCCGGCUCGUCCGGCGGCACACCCGGCCCGAUGAAGGUGGCGUCGCACAGUGGCGCCUCCACGCCCACGAACGGACCGCUCGUGGUGAUGGGCGGCGGUGGCGGCGGCGGUGGCACGCCCGGGCCGGGCGGGCGACCACCCUCGACCGGCGGGCGAACACGCUCGAUCUGCACAAAAAGGAGGACACCUGCCAGUCCCGAUGAUAGUCGGCGGCCGGCGGCUCGUUGGUGGUAGUCGGUGCGACAACAGGCAACAGCAGCCCCCAUCCUUCGGCCGUGACGACUCCACUGAUCGUGAUCGUGGACGACGACUAGUAUAGUGCAAGAGAGAGGGAGAGAGAGAUAUAGAGAGAAAGAGGGUUAGAGCAUAAGAAGCGAGCGGGUUCUACGAGAACACGCGCGAAACACACACAAAAAAACGGCACGAUGUGAUCCUUUUCAGUAGCAGAAGAGAGAGAGAGAGAUAGAUAGCAAACACGUUGACGUGCAUACGACGACGUCAUCUGAUCCAACUCCCCCCUCCCCCUUACACACACACACACAUAUACACUGGUACGAAAAUGAGACUUCAAAGCAGCAAUGGACGCGAGGGUUGUUGGAGAGGGAGCGCAAGCACAAAACUCUUCUUUUUUCUCCUUCCUUUCCCCUGAAACGACCAACCAAAACACACACAAAAAGAAACAAAAGGUGCAGUUUUGCAUUUAAAAAGCCAAUUGAGAGAAAAGGAUAGAGAUAGAGAGUGAGAAAAGGAAAAGCGGAAAUGUAGAAAAAAAAAAAAAGUCAAAUAGUUAUCUAUGCUUUAGUUUUCGAUAUUGAUUAGUUUGAUUGUUGUUCAAUCCCUGGGACCAUACGCUUUAAACGUACUCACCCACCUACACAGUAAAAAAACACAGACACACUCUCACGUACACGCACACACAGAACAAAAACCAAUGGAAAGGUACCCUUGGCUGGAAAGCGCAACCCACGCUGACAGGGCUGACGUCAAAAGAGAUUUAUUGCAUUUAUUGAUUCGCGUGGUGGUGUGGCGGAAGCACACACACACACACACACACACACACACACACACACACACACACACACACACACACACACACACACACACACACACACACACACACACACACACACACACACACACACACACACACACAAACUGCUGCACCACACGAGCCCCGUUUUCCCAUUUGCAGUUUCCAAUUGGAAUUACAAGUUUCCAUCGUGUGCCAAAUAGCUGAAGGGCACUCUUUCCCCACGACCCCCCCCCCAAUGCGCACAAACAAAAAGGUGAUGUCGAACCGGUGUGUGUGUGUGUGUGUGUGUCUGUGUAUGUGUGUGUGGCACAACAAAUGGUGAUAGAAAAAGCGGACACCACAACAAGCAGGACUUGUGUACAUUCGUCCCCCAGUUUUGCCAAUCCAUUUCUUAUGUUUCGUCUUUUCGUCCCGAUUUAUGUAGAAGGGGAGGGGGGGGGCGAUAUUCUAAUUUGGAUUGCCCCUUCUUUCCGCUUGGCCAGAGCACCGAUCCACAAGCACAUUCCAAAGUAUGCCAAAAAAAAACAAAAAAAUGGAUGAAAAGCGUCACAGCAGCACAAGCCCCCCCCCCCCCCCGGAGGCGCGGCUCUCCGCUUUGCUCUCAACGGUAGGAAAAUAGUUUAAUUUUUACAUGCCCUGUGCAAAAAACGGCAACAGUGGUUUUCCUCUGCUGCGAGACAUUCAAGCACGCAUUUACGGGAGGACGGGGCAGAUAGAGAGAGAGAGAGAGAGAGAGAGAGCGAGAACAGGCGCGGAUGUUUGGGCAUGGGAGCUUUUCAUUUAAUACAACUAUUUCGGCUUCGUCUAUUUCUGCAAGCCAAAACGAAACGGUCAAUUUUGUGAGUGUGUGUGUGUGUGUGUUUGUGCUUUAAAUAAAUACGAAAGACUGCUGCGCUAAUAUCGUAAGCGACGAACCUUUUUUUUUUCUUCAACUCGGACGCUGUGCCUCGGGGAGCAGGGUAGUGUACCCACCCAUCGUGGGGGGAGGGGGGGGGGGAUUUUCGAAACUUACCAACGAACACACACAUACACACAUACACCUUUUUCUUUUAGUGCCUCUUACGUCCUGCACAGUAUGAAGUGUCCGAGUAGACGACGAACCCCACUGUUCGUGCAGUGUAACACACGUUGAAAAGAAAAUCACACACACACACACACACACACAAACACAAGACGGGGGAGGAAGGGAGUAAAGAAGAAGAGGAAGAAGAAGAAGAAGAAGAAUAAGCAACAUAAUACUCCGCGCGGUAGCAAAAGAAUUAGGGAAGGGAGGGGAGGACGACGACGACGACGGUGACGACGACGGUGGGAAACGGGAUUGUUCCGGCAAGGUAGCUAUUACACUAUUAACAGUAACAUUUAAUGGCGGCAGCAGGAAAAAGGGAAGACUAAACGAAACGAGCCACUCGUGUGUGUGUGCGCGCGCGCGCCCAUGAGUCCGCUGUACUAGCAAACGGUGUAGCUUAAUUUAAUUCUAUUUCGUUUUUAAUUACAAUUAAAUAUUAUUUAUUCGAUAGUCAGUUUUUCAUUGUAAUAAUUAUUAUUUUUUAAUUUCUGUAUAAAAUAAACGAAAAAAGCGGGGGGGGGAGGCGGGUAAAGCGCGCCGCGGCAGAAGAAAAUUAGAAUAAAACAAACAAUAAACAACAAAAUAUUUUGCGUGUGUGAACGAAACACGGUAUGAGUGUGCGUGUGCGUGUGUGUGUGUGUGCUUGUACAGUGGAAUGAGCGUGUGUGCGAGUGUGCGUGUGUACAGAGGAGCAAGAAAAACACAACAGGAUCAUCAAAAAUACGUAAUCGAAACGGGCGGGGAGGGAAAGGCGACCCCAAGAUGCGCGAAAGGGGACUGGAGGGGGGGAGGGUGUUGUAGAAUUGAUCUGUUCUUGCUUUUGUUUUUGUUUUUGUUCUUGCAGCAAGCAAAAAAAAGGGGAGGGGUUAGAAAAGGUUUCCCGCCGACAAGAGGCACGGGGGGGGGGGGAGGGGAGGGUGCACGUGCAAAAGAAACUCUUUAGCGAAGAAUUUACUACUAAAAUCUCUUCCACAGCGGUUUCCUUUUCGCUAGCGUAUGUUGUGAAAGAGAGAGAGAGAGAGAGAGAGAGAGAGAGAGAGAGAGAGUAGGGGAAAUAGACAGAGAGAAAGAGAGAGAGAGAAAACGAUAUUUUGCUUAGUAUUGAGCAGCAAGGGGGUAUGAAUGUGUGAGUGUGUAUCUGUGUGCAUGUGUGUGUGUGUGGGAAGCGCAAAGAUCUCUCUGUGCCUCUGUGUGCAGAGCAAUAAACCCAAAAUCGAAAAGCAAGUUAGGUUCAGCAAGGUUAAAACAAAACAUACAA